AUUCUGAAUUAUUUGUAUUUUCAGAUGAUAAUUAAAAUGGGCGAGGGUGCCGGAACCGGAUCCUUAGUGCGGCGGAAUCUGCCGGGAACCAAGGCAGCGGAGUACAGCCGUUGGCGGGAAGAGACGUUUGAAGAGAUGGAUUCCACUCUGGCGGUCCAACAGUAUAUUCAGCAGACCAUUCGGCGGGAUCCUACAGAUGUGGAUUGUAUCCUGAAGGCCCCUGAGACUCAGGACGAGGGUGUAUGGAAGUAUGAACAUCUCAGACAGUUUUGUAUGGAACUAAACGGUCUGGCAGUAAAACUUCAGGCUGAGUGUCGACCUGAGGUUUGUACCCAGAUGACCGCCACAGAGCAGUGGAUUUUCCUUUGUGCAGCUCACAAAACACCAAAGGAGUGUCCAGCUAUAGACUACACUAGACACACACUAGAUGGUGCUGCUUGUCUGCUAAACAGCAACAAAUAUUUCCCCAGCAGAAUAUCCAUCAAAGAGAGCAGUGUUGCUAAACUUGGUUCUGUCUGUAGACGAGUUUACAGAAUAUUUUCACAUGCCUACUUUCAUCAUAGGCAAAUCUUCGACCAGUUUGAAGCUGAGUCCCAGCUGUGUCGUCGGUUCACCGUGUUUGUGACGAAAUAUAAUCUAAUGUCAAAGGAUAAUCUGAUUGUACCAAUGUUGGAGCAGGAUGCUAGCGCAGGAGAAUCAGAAGCUUAGAAUUUAUAUUUUAUUAAAUUCAUUUUCUUUUAUGUUUCAUACAAUAGUGUUGAUCUCUGGGUAAACACAUUUUUACAGGGGUGUAUAUUUUCUUUAUAAAUAUCCCCAACCCUCCCCCCUUUAGAAAAUCAUUUUUUUUUCAAACAGUUACGUAUGUUUGCGCGAAUUUUGUUCGUGUUUUAUUCCUUUAAUUGGGGAAAAUAGAUGAUUUUUAUGGCAAAAUGUAUUUUUGGAUAUAAAGUAUCAAAAAUUAUGAUAAAAUUUGUCAUCCCCCAAUCAU